AUGGCAGCCACAUCCGGCCUCAUAUCUGGCCUGGAGGCCUUGAACACGUUCCUGCAAACUCACAGCGUCCAAUUGUCGGACAAAGAAGGCGAUAUUGUCGAAUUUCUGGAGGUGCUCAGCCGCCGUAGACAUCAGGAGACGACAUUCGAGGCGUUGGAAGGCGCAAGCGAAGACGAGACGAAUUCUCUGCUCCAGACGCUAUUGGAGGCGCCGAGAACGAGCCGCAAAGUCCACUGGAUGCAUCUACCGAUCGACGUUUUACUGACCCAAGAAGCGCCCGAGGACGAAAGUCAGGAGUGGCAAUAA